AUGGCACCGCAAAGCUCGCCCGCAAAGGGCGCCCGGCCUGUUGCGCGGCGAAAGAGGGUUCUCCCAGGCAUCACCCGCGAGGAUUCCGACGACGAGCUGGGCAGCGAGGACCUGCCCUGGGAGUGGAUCUACAAUGACGAGACCCCCGACAGAGCAAACGACGACGGGCAGAGCGACCGCAAGAGGAGAAAGGUGGCCGGCACCAAGAUUGUCGGGGCACGAAUGGGCACAACUUUCCAGUGCCGCAUCGGCGAUGCCGUCCUGCUCAAGGCCGAGGGAUCCAACGAGGCUUGGGUGGCCAUCAUCUGCGAGUUCGUCCAAGACGACGGCCAAGGCGAAAAAGCCGCCAACUUCAUGUGGUUCUCCACCGAAAAGGAGAUACGCAACAAGGAGAGGAAGCGAACCGACUUUUACUGGAAUGAGCUGUACAUUUCACCUUCUUGGGAUACCAACCCCCUGGCCUCAAUCAACGGCAAGGCGAGAGUCAUGUCCCUGGACAGAUUCCUAGCCGACCAUCCAUCCGGAAAGAUCCCUCGCAGCUCCAAGGAUUACGGCAAAACUUUUAUUUGUCGUCGCGGGUGCAACACAAGGACCGCGGCCUACACUGACGAGUUUGUCUGGGAAGACGUGUAUAGCGGUGCCAAAGACUUGUUUGACCUGAUCGAUUUCGUCGAGAAGGGCACAAAGCCCGUCCGCAGUCGGCGGAAAGUUCGCGAGCCAUCUCCUCCCCAGGAUACAGCCUACCGGCCUCCUCCUCAGACUCCCACCAAAACGUCCAUAUCAGUCGCCACCACACCUCAGUCGAGACGUGCUCUCGCGGAACCCAGCUCACGCUCACAGAAGAGGGGACCCGGAAAAAGGCUCGAGUUCACGCCUCUAGCAACCCGCAAGCUGUCUCCAGGAGCUGUGGAAGCGUCGCCAUUUCAAAUCGCUCGGUCUCGUCUUCACGUGUCGUCGGUGCCGACCAGCCUUCCUUGCAGGGAAGGCGAGUUCUCCCUGGUGUACUCACACUUGGAAGCUGCCAUCUCGGAAGGCACGGGAAACUGCAUCUACAUCUCGGGGACUCCGGGCACGGGAAAGACUGCCACUGUCCGCGAAGUCAUUGCUCGGCUCGAGGAGUCUGUGCGUGCGGAUGAGCUCGACGACUUCAUCUUUGUCGAGAUAAACGGCAUGAAGAUCACGGACCCCCACCAAUCAUACGCUCUGCUGUGGGAAGCCCUGAGGGGGGAACGAGCAAGUCCUUCGCAAUCGCUGGAUCUUCUCGAGAGAGAAUUCAAGAAUCCGAGCCCCAGACGCGUCCCGUGCGUUGUGCUGAUGGAUGAAUUGGAUCAGCUCGUCACCAAGAACCAGGCCGUCAUGUACAACUUUUUCAACUGGCCGACGUUGCGACACAGCCGGCUUAUUGUGCUGGCUGUAGCGAACACGAUGGAUCUUCCCGAGCGAACGCUCAGCAACAAAAUCAGCAGUCGUCUGGGCCUUACUCGCAUCACCUUCCCAGGUUAUACCCAUGAACAGCUCAUGAAAAUCAUACAGUCCCGACUAGAAGGGGUUCCCGGCAACAUAGUAGACGCAGAUGCCAUCCAGUUUGCCAGCAGAAAGGUAGCGGCCGUAAGCGGAGACGCGCGAAGAGCCCUCGAUAUCUGUCGACGAGCCGUGGAGAUGGCGGAGGGCGACGUGCAAGGAGACCCGGCAACACCCAGCAAAAACGGCAAGCAAGAGUCGUCGCGGCGAGGAAGAGUCACCAUUGCCACCAUCAAGAAGGCCAUCAACGAAGCAACGACGAAUCCGGUGCAGCAACAUCUGCGAGGACUGCCGCUACUGCCCAAGCUUCUCGUGGCGGCCUUGCUGCUGAGGAUCAGAAGGACGGGCCUGGUCGAGACUACUUUUGGCGAGACGCUCAACGAGCUGCAACGAGCGACAGCCCAUGCCGCGCCACCGCUGCCAGGCAUGGCCCAGAUCCUGCAUAGCGGCCUCCAGGGAACACCGGGAGCAACCCAACGCCACGCGGGGAGGCCAAGUGCCGUCCACACGGCUGCCAUGGACCUGGUGGCGGCUGGGUUGGUGAACCUGGAGGCCCAUCGCGCCGAGAGGUCCAGCAAGAUGCGCCUGGCCAUUGCUGACGACGAGGUCAAGAUGGCACUUUGGGACGAUGGAGACUUGCGAGCCAUGGGCAUCGGUGUGUAA